UGGCUCUGAACUCACCGCAGAGCCCCCGCCAGGGCCAGCCGCGGCCAGCGGGAGCGGCAGCGGGGCCAGGGCCGUCCCCGGGCCGGGAGCUGGGUGUGCGGGGAGCCGCGGCGGGAAGGACGGAUCUCCCUGGUAACCGGCGAGGCGGCGAGAGAGGAGAGCGGAGGUUAGGAGGCGGCGGCGGCGGAGGAGAUGGUCUCUAGCGAGCCGUUGCUGCUGCCUGUGUCACUGGAGGGCGAGUUCUCCAAUAGCAUGAAGGAGAUGAUCGGCGGCUGCUGCGUGUGCUCCGACGAGAGGGGCUGGGCCGAGAACCCGCUUGUCUACUGCGACGGGCACGGCUGCAAUGUCGCAGUGCAUCAAGCUUGCUAUGGAAUUGUUCAAGUACCCACUGGACCUUGGUUUUGCAGGAAGUGUGAAUCUCAGGAAAGAGCAGCCAGAGUGAGAUGUGAAUUAUGCCCUCAUAAGGAUGGUGCUUUAAAGAGAACAGAUAAUGGGGGUUGGGCUCAUGUGGUUUGUGCUCUGUACAUUCCCGAGGUGCAGUUUGCAAAUGUUUCUACAAUGGAACCUAUCGUGUUGCAGUCUGUUCCUCAUGAUCGUUAUAAUAAGACAUGCUAUAUUUGUGAUGAACAAGGCAGAGAAAGUAAAGCAGCCACUGGUGCUUGUAUGACAUGUAACAAACAUGGAUGUCGACAAGCUUUUCAUGUAACAUGUGCACAGUUUGCGGGACUUCUUUGUGAAGAAGAAGGCAAUGGUGCAGAUAACGUCCAAUACUGUGGCUACUGUAAAUACCAUUUUAGUAAACUGAAAAAGAGCAAACGGGGAUCUAAUAGGUCAUAUGAUCAAAGUUUAAGUGAUUCUUCCUCUCACUCUCAGGAUAAACAUCAUGAGAAGGAGAAAAAAAAAUAUAAAGAGAAAGAUAAACACAAGCAAAAAUACAAGAAGCAGUCGGAGUCCUCACCAUCCUUGGUUCCAUCUCUUACUGUAACUACAGAGAAAACAUACACAAGCACUAGCAACAACUCCAUGUCAGGCUCCUUGAAGCGGUUGGAAGAUACUACAGCUCGAUUUACAAAUGCAAAUUUCCAGGAAGUUUCUACACACGUUUCAAGUGGAAAAGAUUCUUCAGAGGCUAGAGGGUCAGAGAGCAAAGGGAAGAAAUCUGCAGGUCACAGCUCAGGUCAGAGGGGAAGAAAGCCUGGUGCUGGAAGAAAUCCAGGAACAACUGUGACUGCAGCUAGCCCUUUUCAGCAAGGAAGCUUUAUGGGCACUCCUGGGAGCAUGAAGUCAUCUUCUGGAAGUUCAGUUCAGUCUCCCCAGGAUUUUUUGAGUUUUACAGACACAGAUCUGCGAAGUGACAGUUUCACACAUUCUCAACAGUCUUCGUCAACCAAAGAUGUACAUAAAGGAGAGACUGGGAGUCAAGAGGGGGCUGUCAAUUGUUUCACUUCCUUAAUUGGUCUCCCUUCAUCAUCAGCUGUUUCCCAAUCUAAAAACUUUGACAGCUCACCUGGAGACAUAGGUAAUUCAAGCCUUACUUCUACAGCAUAUAAGCGAGCUCAAACUUCUGGAAUGGAAGAAGAAACUGUAACAGAGAAGAAACGGAAAGGAAAUAAGCAAAGUAAACAUGGGCCUGGUAGACCCAAAGGAAAUAAAGGUCAAGAAAGUAUUUCCCAUCUUUCAGUUUCUUCUGCUUCCCCAACUUCAUCUGUGGCAUCUGCUGCAGGAAGUGUGACAAGCUCUGGUCUUCAGAAAUCUCCAACUUUGCUCAGGAAUGGAAGUUUACAAAGUCUUAGUGUUGGUUCAUCUCCAGUGGGUUCAGGUAUUUUUAGCAGCAAUGAUGUAGCAGUAUCAUUUCCAAAUGCAGUCUCUGGCUCAGGAUCUAGCACUCCCGUUUCCAGUUCUCAUUUACCUCAGCAGGCUUCAGGCCACUUGCAGCAAGUGGGAGCUCUGUCACCUUCAACUGCGCCUUCUGUAACUACUGUUGUUGCUGCAACUCAGGCAAACACCCUACCUGGAUCUUCUCUCAGUCUGCCUCCAUCCCACAUGUACGGCAAUAGGCUGAAUCCCAAUUCAGCAAUGGCAGCACUUAUAGCUCAGUCGGAAAACAGCCAAGCAGAUCAAGAUCUCGGAGAUAAUAGCCGCAGCCUUGUUGGCAGAGGAGGUUCACCCAGAGGAAGUCUCUCACCACGAUCCCCUGUAAGCAGCUUGCAGAUUCGCUAUGAUCAAUCAGGGAACAGCUGUGGAGAAAAUUUGCCCCCAGUAGCAGCCAGCAUAGAACAGCUUCUGGAGAGGCAAUGGAGUGAAGGACAACAGUUUUUAUUAGAGCAAGGCACCCCUAGUGACAUUUUAGGAAUGCUUAAAUCGUUACACCAACUUCAGGUUGAAAAUAGGCGGUUAGAAGAACAGAUAAAGAAUCUGACUGCUAAGAAGGAGCGGCUUCAGCUACUCAAUGCACAGCUCUCAGUGCCCUUUCCAACAAUAACUUCAAAUCCUAGCCCUUCUCAUCAAGUACAUGCCUUUCCAGUACAAGCAGCACCUAGCAGUGAUUCUUUGAACAGCAGUAAAAGCCCUCAUCUGGGAAACAGUUUUUUACCGGACAAUUCUCUUCCUGUAUUAAAUCAGGAGAUAACCUCCAGCGGACAAAGCACCAGCAGUUCAUCAGCUCUUUCCACUCCACCACCUGCUGGGCAGAGUCCAGCUCAGCAAGGCUCAGGAGUCACAGGAGUUCAACAGGUCAAUGGUGUGACAGUGGGGGCACUAGCUAGUGGUAUGCAGACUGUAACCUCCACCAUUCCUGCAGUGCCUGGUGUGGGUGGAAUAAUUGGAGCGCUGCCAGCCAGCCAGCUGGCAAUCAAUGGAAUUGUAGGGGCUUUAAAUGGGGUAAUUCAGACCCCAGCAACAAUAUCACAGAACCCUUCUCCUCUCACUCAUGCAACCGUGCCACCCAAUGCAACACAUCCUCUGCCAACCACGUUAAAUAACAGUGCCUCUGGACUAGGAUUGCUUCCUGACCAACAGAGACAACUUCUACUCCAUCAACAGCACCAGCAAUUUCAGCAAUUACUAAGUACCCAGCAACUCACAUCAGAACAACAUCAGGCCCUUUUGUAUCAAUUAGUACAGCAACAACAUCACCACCACCAACACCACCAGUCCGAAGUACAGCAAUUACAGAUUACUGGAGGAGCACAGAUACCCAUAAACAACUUGCUUUCAGGCACACAGGCCUCACCACUUAAUGCAGCUACCACCAACCCAUUCCUUACAAUUCAUGGAGAUAAUGCAGCUCAGAAGGUGACAUAUUUUCUCUUACACAGAGGCUCAACGAUAAAACUGGACCAGUUGCGUCAGAGAAGAGUUGACAUUUGAAUGACACUUGAGAACUGCACGUCCUGCUGUUAUAGCACUUCGUCUGGCUGCAAACUGCAGUUUGCCUUUCUGCAGAUUGAAGAAAUGCAACAAGGAACUCUUACUGCACAGCAAAAGGUUAAUAAUUUUCACAAGGAUAUUUUUGGUAGGCUUUCAUUUGCUUUCUUGUUGCACUAAAAUGGAUGUACUUUUUAACGUUUCAGACUGUGAAGUAGAUAAAACUGCAAACCGCGAUUAUUUUGUCAAUGUGAUGGUACUAAGUACAAAUUCAACGACAGAAAAACACAUAUUUGACUUUUCAGUCCUAAUCUUAUAAAUGUAAAGGCUGCUGAACUGCCCGUGGUCCCACGCUGCUUUGGUUUCAGAGCAGUAGUUUUAAAAAGCAGCGGGAGCCCAGCCAGUCUGACCUUCUGCUGCAGUUGCAAUACACCGUUAGACUACGCUUGUAACGGCAGCCUGGACUUGCUGUUUGUCGUUUCUUUUUUACCCCCCUGUUUUGAAACCCGACUCAUAAGGGAAUCUGCUUCUGAAACUUUUUUAUUCUUUUAAAUUCCUGUUGUUAUAUAGUGGGAGUUUUUCCUGAGUAAGAAUUACAGUAUGGAAUCCGAAGUUUAUUAAUUUUGGUGUAGGUUUUAGAGUUCUGAGGUUUUUAAAGGAACCGGUUUGGUUCCGGUGACAAAAGUUUUCUUACCAGAUGAGAAGGCCACACUGGAAGAAGUUGGUGUCGUGUCUGGCCUAAACCAAGUGCCUGUUGCUACCUCCGCUUUGUUGAAAUGGCUGCAAACAGCUGAUCAUGCACUAGACGUGUCCUCGUUAGCAGCGGGAAUAUUCUGUGUUGCACCAGCAGCCGCCUUGUUCUGCCUUUCCUAGAGGUGUUUAUACCACUGUAGAUAGCUCAGGCAGAUUGUUACCUGGGUCACUUUUCACUAAUAAAUUACCAAAAAAAAGUGAGUUAAUAUUUCCCACUAAAAAUUUACCAGUGGUUGAAACGGGUGAACUUGCGUUACCAACACUUCCGACAGUAGCUGAUUUCACGGCGCGAGUCUAUGCAGUACGGUGAAGGACAGUUUAAACGGGGUUAAUGACCACUAAUCAACAUUACGGUGGGAAUUAUUAGAGGAAAAAGACCCAGCUGUAAUUAGACCUCCACUGUGUACUUAUUUGGAAGAACAUGUUAAUUCUGCAAUAUGUUUCUUAGUUAAACAUUGCACAGUUCUUACCUCAUUUCUGUAAAUAAAGUUUUGUGAAUCUGUUUUGUAUUGUGAAGAAUUCAUAAGAAAACAUGGAUAUUUUGAUUUGUAAUAUUUCUAAUUGGUAGAUUUAAUUGAAAAAGUAAAAAUAAUUUAUUUUUAUAUGUUCUGGGGAAUUUUUUAAAAAUGUCACAAAUCACUUUUGUAGAUACUUUACAAAAGUAAACCAGUGGUUUAUUUUGCUUACUCAACCCACUGGUGGAUAUUCUGUAACAAUUUGUACAAAAGGUAAGAUGGAAAUGUGCUGUUAUUUUGACUAGAUGUAAAAUUCCAAGUGUAUGAAAAGAUAUGUACAAAGCUUUUGUUAAUAAACUUUAAUAAUGUUUAUAGUUGUGUACUGCUUGCGUGAAUGCGAGUCUCCUAGAAGAAUGGAAUAUUUUUAUUAACAUCACAUGACAGGAAUGAUGUCCGUUGCACCUGGCCACUACAGUUUAUUACGAUAAGGUUUUUAAAAUGUAAUUUUUUGUUUUCAAGAGACACGGCUGCAGCUGCAAAACUGUCCAGGGCCAUUUUUGCUUCCUGGAUGUAAGUGUCCAGUUGCACCCGCGUGCCAUAGUCGGAUGUCAGAGUGUGUUCCCUUCAUCCUUCAGAGAGUGUGAACUUGCAGGAGGAGGAGGAGGGAGCUCUUGCUCCAAUGGCCCCGGUUCCUUUUGAAAUAACUUGGGGAGAGCCCUGCUGAGAUGGGACGAGUUCUUUACGCAGUGCCCGUGUUAAGGUCAUCGAGGCCUUUAGUUGUUGCUGUAAUUUUUGUAUUGUGUUUUCUGUAAAACCAGCUCAAUGCUUUUUUUUCCAGGAAUUUUGCUUAUCGUCCAUGGAGGGGCUGGUACACACAGCCGAACUCCUGGUCUUUCAUUUCCCAGGUGGCAGGGAGGAACUUAACCCUUCCCCUACUGUCACUUGAAGACGGUCAGUUUUUGGCAGAUGGGGACGCGUUAUGGCUCCCCUGUGAUUUUUAGCCCCUUGCUAGUCUGGUGCAGCCUCCGGCUGAGCCUGGCUUUUGGAACAAGCAGCAGGAAGAUGGCAUUGCCAUAGGCCUCUGCCAUUUGUAUUUCCAUCUGCUCAAGUCUUGAGGACUGAAUAUUUGUGGGUUUUUUUUCCAAUGGGGAAAAGUGGAGUCCUGAAAGAAGAUAAAGGUCAAUGAGGAAGCUCAGAACUAACAGGAGGGGAAUGUGAAACAUCAUCUGGCACAGCCUGGGGCAUCACCCUCCCACCUGCUGAACGGUGCCUCAACCAUCAGGGCUAGAAGAAAUUCCCAACAUUCUCCAGGUAGUCACUGAAUGUUUUAUGCUAUAAGGCAAAGAGGCGCAAAGACUAGUUGAACAGAAGGCAUUUCUACUGCUUAAACCUAUGCACCAUCUAGACAAGCUCUACAACCGGGUCCUGUCUGUCUUCUGGCUGUUUGGGCAGUGACAGUUUGUUAGCUAAUGCUACGAAGGGAGAGCAUAUAGCACGUGUAUGCUGGGCCACUAGAUUUGUACUUCAUACUGCCAGACCUGUAGGUGAGGGGGAAGAAAAGCCCCAUAUGUCCACCAGCAUGAGGUCUCCAGGGACUCCCGAGUGUCCCUUCUACUG